GCUGCCCCAUUCCCACCGUGUCCACUCUCACCGUGUCCACUCUCACCAAGUCCGCCCUUCUUCCCUGCACUCUUCCCACAUAGACUCACAUGUUAUCUAGCUUUAUAUUCUUCAUGCAGUGUUUAUGAAAAAUUGGCAUGAGAUUGACUGUACUAUUUUUAUUUGAACCUGUGUAUAUGGCAAUCUAUCAAAAGUAUAUUUACUGGCAAUGAGGCCUAAGACUGGUCACUACUAAGACUGGAAACUACUAAGACUGGUCACUACUAAGACUGGUCACUACUAAGACUGGUAACUAAAAUAACUGUUAAUACACUUACCUUGCAAGUUACUCCUUAGAUGUAUCUGUCAAUAGUCUUGUUAUCACAGUGAAAGGUAAAAAAAAUUCUAAAACAUAUAUUUCAGGAUGAAAUAUAAGUAAGGCAAGGCAUUAAUUAGGACGAAAAACUUGUUACGCAAGUCUUACUGGUGUGUACCGUUGUAAUAACAGAGGUAAGUGAACCUCUCACUGAUAUCUGUAUUACACGAUAGUGACUGAGUGGCAAUUUAUUCUUCGUCGAUCAUCAAAUAACAGUGUUCUCCAGUAAGAGCUUUCAGACCACCAAAAUGGGCCUUGGGAUCCUAGACAGCGUGCUUCUGGCCCUGUCAGUGGUUGCCAGCGCUUCUAUCGGUCUAUAUUAUGGCAUUAAGGGGCUCAAAUCAACGCCUCUAGAGUAUCUGCUUGGUGGGCGGUCCAUGAAGCCCUUACCGUUGGCUCUGAGCAUCACUGUGGGUACUGUGUCAGCCAUCACAAUCAUGGGCAACGCAGGAGAGAUGUACGUCCACGGUACCCAGUUGUGGAUUAUGGACCUGGGCAUCGUGCUAGGUCUUAUCGGCAUAGCCAAGGUCUUCAUUCCCAUUAUGCACCCGCUACACAUGAUCUCCAUGUACCAGUACGUGGAGCGGCGGUUCAAGUCCCGGUGGCUACGUCAGGCCACAGUUGUGCUACAGCUCCUGGGUGGCUACUUCUUCAUCGGGUUCCUCCUCUACCCUCCCUCCAUCGCUCUGAAAACCUUCACUGGUCUCUCCAUCAUCACCAAUAUCAUCAUCAUCGGCGCCACCUGUACUCUCUACUCUGCUUUUGGUGGUGUGAAGGCAGUGGUGUACUCAGACGCGUUCCAGUCACUGGUAAUGGUAGCCGGUGUGCUAGCUAUUGUGAUCCAUGGCUCAGUCAAGGCUGACGGCUUCGAUAAGGUGUGGGACAUCGCCUACCAUAAAGGCAGGAUUGAAUUCUUCAACUUUGACUUGAACCCAUACCAGCGUCACAGCUUCUGGCUUUGUAUCGUCUUAGGCUUCUUCUUCACCCUGGGUACCUACGGUGUCAACCAGAGCCAGACACAACGCUACUUCAGCACGGGAUCUAUCAAACAGGCACAAUGGGUAUUAUACUAUGCUGCUAUGGGAAUGGUGUUCCUGCGAGCAUUGAUCCACCUUUCCGGGCUAGUUAUGUACGCUCACUUCAAGGACUGCGACCCUAUCACCGCCUCAGGCACAAUCUCAGACCCAUCUAUCGUGGUCAUAGCGUAUGUCCUAAGAGUUCUUACAGAAAUCCCUGGUCUGUCAGGCCUCUUCGUAGCAGCCAUCUAUGCCGCCGUCCUCAGUUCAGUGUCAACUCAGCUCAAUUCGCUGACAGCUGUUCUGUGGGAGGAUUUCCUGAAAGUUAUACCAGUCUUUGAGAACUGGAGUGAGGUCAAAGUUGGUGGACUACAGAAGGUACUAGUAUUCGUUACGGGUGUGUUGGGCAUCAUCCUGGGUUUGGUGGUAUCGACUUUUGACUGGUCAUUCCUGAGAGCGCUCUUUGCUAUUAAUGGAGCCCUCUCUGGCCCUCUCAUUGGUCUCUUCCUCACAGCUAUCUACUUCCCAUGGGUCAAUGUCAAGGGAGCCUCAGCCGGUUUUGUUGUAUCAAUCAUUAUCAACAUCUGCAUCGUCACUGGUCAGCUCAUGGAACCUAAGGCGAAGUUCCUGAGAUUGUCCCGAGACGGGUGUCCUCCAGGCAUCAACACUACGAUGUCUGUGCCUCUUAACUUCACAGCUCUUCCUUCAACCGUUUUUUCUACAGCUGCUGUUUCUUCAACAGCUAUUUCUUCAACAACUGUUUCUUCAACAGAUGUUUCUUCAACAGCUGUUCCUCCAACCGCUAAGAUCCAUCCUCUGUAUGGCCUCUCCUACUGCCUCAACUCGCUGUGGGGGACACUCUUCUGUAUAGUGGUGGCUGUCAUUGUCACCAUUGUCACAGGCAGCAACUCGCCUGAGGACGUCGAUAAGAAGCUGAUCGCUCCACAGUCGUGGGUCUUGUUCCAGAAACCACUUAUUACCCAAGGCAAAGAGUUUUUCUACAGGACAAUUAUCUGCAGGCGUUCCUCUGUCGAAGAUGAAAAUGACUUGAGGGCAGAUGAGAGUGAGGUUAAGGAUUCGCUACACAAAGACGACGAUAUCAACAACAGAAUGGCUGUCUGAAAUUAUGUUCCUAGAACGUAACAAACUGUCUGAAUGCUUGUUAAUCUGAUAUUGAUGUUAUUUAUUAGGGAAUUAAAGACAUUCCAUAAAAUUUUGUAUGCAAGACGAGUUGUGUGUACUGCCUUUGUAAAAUAAUUCCCUUCAAAGGGGAUAAAUUAAUUGACGAGGGCGCUGUUGAUCCGAGGAGU